AUGAAGUUUUUUGUUUCCGCCGGCCAGACGAUUCCUGUCCUGCUGCUCUUCUGUUACGGCGCCUCAUCACAAACCUCGCUGAAGUCAAAUGGGGCUCAUGAAAACACCUCCGACGACCUGGACGGCACGGGACUCUCCGAGGCACUGGCGCAGUGUCUGGCCCAGACUGGACAGGUGGCCCAGUUGGCUAGUCAGCUGACCAAUCUCCAGACCGAACUGAGCGCUCAGACGUCGGCGCUGGCGUCACAGCUCUCGGAACAAGGUGUUGAGCUCACCGAGUUCGGGUCCGCUUUGAUCUCGGGUCUCAUUGACAUCAUGGAAAACCUGCCGGGUGGACAGCUCAGCACCGCAGGACUGACCGCUCUCCGGAGCCAGCUGCGGCAAGCAGCGGCCACUCCGCCGAGGGACUGCAGUGACCUGCCGGCCGGCACCACCAGCGGCGUGCACACCCUGUACCCGGGCCGAGACGGACCCGUGGCCGCGCUCUGUGACAUGGACCUGGACGGCGGCAACUGGACCGUAUUCCAGAGGCGCGACGAUAUCCAGCCCCGACAGGACUUUUACCUCGGGUGGCUCGACUACAAGUGGGGCUUCGGUGAGCUGGACGGCGAGUUCUGGUGGGGUCUGGAGCGGCUCUGGGGACUGACCUCCCAGCUGGACCGGCGCUACGAGCUACGAAUAGAUUUGACAGAUUUUAACGGCGACAAGCGUCACGCCGUUUACCAGGGCUUCCGGAUCGCGCCCGAGGCGGACAACUACCGUCUGACUGCCGUCAACUACACGGGUGACGCCGGAGACAGUCUCGCUUUAAACAACGGAAGACCGUUCGCCACUAAAGACAAAGAAGAUAAUAUGGGAUAA